GCAUUAGCCUUGUAAGUAUACGAUGAUGCUUCUGUGUUUCUACUGCCUCCGGGCAGCACUGACUUCCUUCAAAUAGCCAGAAACAAUGUAUCUUUAUUACUUCAAUAUUUUCUUGCUCCUGCCUUCAAUAUAUUUUGGUGUUAUUCGGACGGAAACAAGUGAGUAUCUUAUAACUCAACGUCAUCCUCAUCAAUAGUGUUAGGUCCGCUAUACCUUUCAAAGUUUUAAAAUUGUACAAGAUGUGACGAUAAGGCACUGCCGUCGUCCUAUUGACACCAUGAUCACAUAUUUUUUAUUUAUCAAACGAAAUUUAUCACACAGAUCACUACGUAUUUCCAAAGGUGUUAGAGGAAAGAGGGUCUGAAGGACUUUUGACAUUGUGGAUCAACGAACGGCUUAUACUAACCAUGAGAGAAACGACGGCAUUUGCAAGCAUACUGAACAUAAUUUCCUAUAAAGGAAACUCCAGGCAAUACACAAAGCUAAAUGUGAGUGACCUUGGUGGGAAAGUAUACACAGAUCCAACAGUGGCUGCUGUAUUGCUGGUUGCUCAAGACAAAUGCUUGCUUGUGAAAGGAUUUCUGGGGAACAGAAUGCGGAUAACGCACUACAAUAAUGCUACGCCGGACGUAAACGGCUGCUUUCCCCAUAUUUUAACGGAAACAAACGAACAGCCCUCAACCGGCAGCACAUACAGAACUCACGAUUAUGACGCCUUCAGGAGAACACGGCAUCAUUUUCACAAAAAAGCAAACAUCCAAGUGAAUGCGCGCACUGCCAGUGGAUCCGAACCAGUGAACGCCACUGUAGAGGCAGUUGCUGUUAUAAGCAAGGAAUAUGCUGAUUCAUUCAAUAAUGAGAAUGACCAUAAGCUUAAAGCACUUUUCCAAUACCUGCGAGUGUUCUUUGCAGCAGUCAACCUGGUCUUCACAAGAACCGAGACGAAUCGUUUGGACCUCAAGCUCGUCGUUACUGCUGUGGUUAUCUUAUCGAGGGACACUGAAAUAAUGGCGGAAAGACAUCCCACUGAUAAUGAACUCAUUUUGGCUCGCACGCCGUCCGCUUUGAAUCAUUUCAUCAGAGUAAACAGGCACAUAUUUGGUGGAGCAGAUGUGGCAAUAUAUUUGAGCAAGCGAAAGUUCGCACGGCAGAUGCUCUUGGAUUCCAAUCCCCAAAAACUGAAAGGAAUAGCAUACUUGGGUGCAGCCUGCACCAGUUCCUGUGGUGCGUUAAUAUACGAUGACUUCAAGGCGGGUUGGAACGUUGCUGCCCACGAGAUACUUCACCUUCUAGGAGCAGACCAUGAUGGGGUGGCGGCGCCGGGAUACCUAACCAAUAGCCCCGGUGCCGAGGAUUGCCCAGAGAGCGAACAACACAUUAUGACAACCAGGCCGUCAGAUGCAACACUGUCUCUGUCAACGUGCACUCUAAACCAAGUGCUAGCUUUUCUGGGGAGUGAACGGGGACGAUGUUUAUUGGACUCUGAAUCACGAAAGAUGCCUCUUCUCACGGAAACUGAUUUACGAAAACCAUUGGAGGAUGCUUCAAAGUACUGUAAGAACCAAUAUAUGGAGGCUACAAAUGUAGAAUUUGUAGCGAAUUAUAGCGAAGAAUUUAAUAUAGACAAAUGUGUCUUAGUUUGUGCGACCACAGACAGUGAUGGCGUGAGGUCCUAUAAUAUUGUUCCUGCCCCGGAUUACAUCUUUUGUGGAAUGGCUGCAGAAGUACCGCAGGCUUGCAUCGGCGGCAUCUGCCGAGAAGUUCCAGCACGACCAAAGCCUUUUCAUGAGUGGCUAAAAGAUCGUAUAAGUGAGCAGUUCGAAAUGAGGACUGCUCUAAAUAAUAAAUGACAUAUUAGCUUCCAUCAUCGUGGAGAUUCGUGGCGCCCAUACGAUUUAAAAAGUGAAUCCACGUAUCAAUCAACUCCAACGAGGUAGCACACCACGAAGCUCGAGGUCUUACUCGCCGAGCUGAGCAAGGAGUGACUUCCAUCGGUCAGGGGAACGCGGAGGAGGAGAUCUGGAGAGAAAAGGACAGAUUAAGAAGAUUUAGCGAUAAUACAAAAUUCUAUCAAAAUCAGAGGCGAAUAUUACCACCGCCUCACACUUAACUGAACAGAACUGAGUCCGUUGCUUGGAGGCGAUUACAAACAGAAACCUAUGUGAAUCCCGUGCAGUUAAAGACUUUCUACCCCGAGAUAUACGCCAGCGAUAUAUGCAGGCUAUGCAAGUCAGCUAGAGCCACCCUUCAACACAUGUUGUGGGGAUGUAAAAUAUAUCAAGAAAAAAUGGCAGUCUCUCCGGAAAAUCCACGGGCGCGGUGGUCGGCCACGCUACUCAGCUCAGAACACCUAGACCAACUUUGGGCCGUCCAGCGAGCCAUGAAUGCCGUGCGGGAGCAACAGCUCCCAGUGGCCAUCUAGGCGGCCCCAGGCCCGGGCCUCCCAAUCGCCGGAUUUCAAAGAAAGUUAUGUCACU